AUGUAUCCUCUUCGAAAGGUAUUUCCCCGUUCUGACAUUAAAGCUGAUAGUCCUGCCAAGUUGUAUCGGCAUUCGAAUUCAGAAUGGAAAGAUCAUGGGCCAGGUUUGUUGAGGAUUAUAGAAAGUUCUUCACCGCGACGUUUUCGAAUUCUAAUGCGCAGGGAUGGAACACUUAAAGUAAUUUUUAUCGCCGGAAGAUGUUUCUCCUGGUUGACGAUUAAUGAAUUUUCUGAUGGUGUUUCAAAGCAACAAAUUUUGGCCGCUAAAUUUCGAGAUUUCGAAGCUGCCAAUAAUUUUAAAAGGAUUUUUGAUGAGUGCGUUGAGUUUGCCAAUGGUUCUCAAAAAGAUCUCACGAACAAAUCUGGCAAUAAAAUGAUUAAAGUUAAACCCACUUAUCCUUCCGGUUUAGACAAAGAAAACAGAGAAAGCGUAGAUUCCAACAAGAAAGAGAAUCUUAGUAGUAAAUCACCCAGUAAAGAAAUAUUGCCGAAUUUAAAACAUGCGGAAUGUGAAGUCUUAUCCGACUCUCUCUCUAAUGUGAAACUGACUUCUCAAGACGACAAGCAAGAGUAA